GUGUGUCAUUGUGUGUUUUUGGCGCGCUGAGGCCGGCAGUGUGUGUGUGUGUAUGUGUGUAUGUGUGUAUGUGCUUGUGCGCAUGUGUGUGUAGAGGGACUUGUGUGGAGGGUUGUUGCCUUUAAGAACGUCGAAGAAGACCUCUGUGGGUGACGUUUGUGCCACAGGUUUAAACAUCAGUGAUAACAUCAGACCCAGUUGGCUUGCUUUGAAAUAGGACCACAGAGGGAUCCUUUCCCUUCCUCUCUCAGUCUUUGUUACUUGCGGGUGGAAAAGAAGGCGCGUUAAGAAGACAUGGGAAAGAAGAAUCAGAACCGUGAGGAUGACGAGUCUGCGUCCACAGGCGAAGAAGAAUAUGUGGUGGAGAAGGUCUUGGACAGGAGGGUUGUAAAAGGCAGAGUGGAGUACUAUCUUAAAUGGAAAGGUUUUUCAGACAAACACAACACGUGGGAACCAGAGAAAAAUCUUGACUGUCCAGAUCUCAUCUCUGAGUUUAUGAAGACGUACAAAAAGGGCGGCAGCGGUACGAGCACUCCAAGUAGUGGGACCAAACCAUCCAGUGCAACUCCCUCUCGCACCAAAGACCCUGGCAGCAAGAGGAGAAACUCGGACGAAGAAGAGGAGGGUGGCAGCAAGCAGAAGCGGAAAAAAGAGGAUGAGAUCCUCGUCGCUAGAGGCUUCGAGAGAGGCCUGGAGCCAGAGAAGAUCAUUGGCGCGACUGACUCUUGUGGGGACCUUAUGUUCUUAAUGAAGUGGAAAGAUUCGGACGAGGCAGACCUUGUGCUCGCGAAGGAGGCCAAUCACAAGUGUCCCCAGAUCGUCAUCGCUUUCUAUGAGGAGCGUCUCACUUGGCAUGAGGAUGGAGAGAAGAAGGAGAAGGGUGCUGCAGCUGUGUAAGCGUACAAUCCCCUCCUAGAGACAGACACGAGUGCACUCACAAUCCGUCCUUUGUUCUGGACCAUUUUCAAACCACCACUGGCCUCCUGGCAUUAGAGGUCUCUUCCCACCUUCUUUAGUCUCCUUUCAUCUCCCAUAUAAAUGGCAACUCUUUAUCAAACAAUGUCUCAAGUAUUGAGGGAUGAGCGAGUAAUUGAGAACUAUGCCAAGAGCUUGGGGAAUGGAGAUGUUAGACUGAUGGAAUCACAUGGAUAGUGUUUUUACCCUGUUAUUCUUGCAGAACACUCUUGUUUUCAUGAUUUUAAGUAUUUGUGUCCUUUUUUUUUUGUCUUUCUCUCCCCUCUGUGUGUAUGUCUGUUGACUUGAUAGUAUAGAUUCCUUUCAGCAGUUGGUAAAAUGUAUUGAGACAGCUGAUAUUUUUCAAGUGUUUUAUCAGAGAUUGUUGUUAAGUAUCUGCAGUGCUGGAUUAGUCACACCAUUUUUUUGUUUUUCUUUUUCUUUUUCCCUCCGAAAUUUGAUGUCCUUUCUGGUGUAUUUCUCACAUCCACAAUCGGUCUCUCUCUCUCUCUCUCUCUCCCUCCCUCCCUCAAAGCAUGUCUGGAGACUUUAGGACUACCUUGACUAUAAAUUUCAAAAAUCUCAAGCUUAUUACCUAGACACAAUGCAUUGAGUCCAUUUUUUUUUUCUCCACAAAUCAAAUUUCUUCCCAAAUAGUUAUAGAUAGAAAUCUGAACAUGCCCAGGUUUUAAAAAUCAUCCUUAUCACAACUGCUCGUUCUCAGAACAGCGUAUGGGAUCUUGUUUGUUGAUGCUGGUUUUCCGCAUUGACUUUGCUAGGACCUGCAUCCAAAACGUUCAUAACUAAGUGCUCCACCUUGUGGUCAUUUGUUGAGUAUUUACUUUUAUUUUUUUUUACCAGGCCACCAGUUUUAAUUCCAGAUAGAUAGAAGUCACAGCUAGUGGUCACUUAAAGACCAAGUGAAAUCAUGUCUCUGUGGUCUGUUUGAUGUGAAAAACCUGCAGCCACAGCAGGCUUUUGUAGAUAAAAUUGAAAGAUUCCCCUAACCUAAGCUGUGACCAGGUCAGUGUUUGACACUUCUGUCCCCAUCAUUGUUCAGGUCUCAGAUUUUAAACAGGAAGUGAAUCAAAGCUGAACCUGUGUUUAACAGGGUUAUGAGCUCAGGUGUGGAAUUCUGUGUUUGUAGAGCCACUGGACAAAUAAAUUGAACCCAAUAAAAUGUCCUGACUUUCAUUGACACGACAGAGCUACUGAUUCUGCUUUAAAGAAAAAAGUUGAGCCAUAUGCCAUGGCGAAUGUAGUCAGAAGAAAAGAACUGACACUUGAUUUUGUUUUCAAUUUUUUUUUUCCCCUUAACUUUUGUCUCUUUUGUCUCUCUUUAAACCUCACUCACAGGUUAUGUUUAGACAGAAAGGUGAAAUGUUGUGAACAGACUUCCAUCAGAUGUGCUCUGGACUGCUAUGAUUUAGAUACUGUAAUGAAUGUGUGUGUGUGUGGUUUCAAUCCCAGUUAGAGGUCUUUUUCUUCGGUUUUCUGGAGGGAAAUAACUGUUUCCACCUUGUCAUUUCAUUUGUCUGUAUAUCUCACUAUCAAAUGUACGGCCUGACUCUUUUUGUUGUCUCAUGUUAGAAGUUUUCUCCCAUUUCUGAUCAUUUCAUCAGAUACUCAUGUUUUCAAAGUAAGAUUUUGAUGUCUUUUACCUAUAGAUUUUUUUAAAUGUCUUGUAUCAAAUUGUAGUAAACCUAGUUUUCCACACGAAUUUGAUAGUUUUUCAUUUGAAAUCCACAAUACUGCCAUGUUUUGAUUUGAUAGUUUAAAGACAGACGUUAAAAAGUGAAACGUUUGCAUCAAUACAGGUGAAUUUCAGUUUCAGAACACAGGAUUAACCUUUCCAGCAGAUGGUGCUAUUCGGCUACACGCUUAUGUACAGACCAAAUCUCAAUGCAGUCCAUAGUAUCAUACCAAACUGUGCUGGUGUUGGAUGUUAUAUGUUGAAUUGAUUACUUGUCUUGGUGAAGAGAACUGUAAAUUUUCCUAUAAAAACUAAAAUCACUGAACAGAAUAAAAAACACUUUUAGAGUAUGUACAUGCAAGGACCAAAAAAGGAAGCUUGGAAGUUUUUUAUUUUCUGUUUUAAUUUUUUAAUAUAUUUUUUUUUAAGUAUUACUUUUGUGGAGUUCCAUGAAUGCUUUGCUUUGAAUUGUUUUAGACGCUCUUCACACUAGCGAUACACCAUGACCUAGCAGUACACCGUUUGAUUUUGGUCUUAAUAUAUUCCUCAUGGUGGCGAUCAUUGAUCUUUUUUGGAGAGGCAUUUUAUAAAUUAGCCCACACACUCUGCUUACAUGUGAAAUAUCUUUCUCCCAGCUGUGUUUGUAAGUGUAGAAUGUUGCUGCGGACAUUCAGUCAAAACUGUCAAAUCAAAAUAAAGAAAUUAUAAAUAAGA